CGACGACGACCGUGCCUGUCUUCGCGUGCGCUGUUGGCUCGUAGUGCUGUGCUCUGAGAUGUACUCGAGCCGCACCUGUGGCCGCUGCUGCCGCCUCCACCUCACACUGCGCGAUACGAGAACGCGACCUAUAACAUUCUGCGGUUCGUGUGCGCGGACUCUCUCUCGGUUUACGCAGUGAAUGGUGUAGUGCAGUUGUAGUGGGUAGUGUAGUUCUCGGGUUACAGCGAGCAUGCAUGGCCCCGCCGAAGAGAAGCGCUAGGCUUGGCGGGGUGAGUCACCCCCGGGUGAAGACUGUAACACAACUGCAACCCAGAUAUUGAGGCUUCUCCGUGGCUCGUCCCAGACAGCCCCCGCCUGAGGCUUCCGACACAUUUUCUCAUUCGCCAGCAACGAUGGAGAGCAGCAGCUCGGACGUGGUCGGCAAUGGGAGCCAUGCGGCUGCACCGUCGACAAGCUCCAUGCCCACUCCGCUCCAGAUCGCGCUCUGGAAUGGUAAUCCAAGGCAGAUCCGCGAGUGCCUGGAGGCCGGCGGACAGGACGCACUAGAGACGCGAGACCGUCGCGGCAAUCGAGCGCUGCACUUGGCGUUGAAGUUCGCCCACCGGAACGCCACAGCGAUCGUAAAAGCAGUGCUGGACGCUGGUGCUCGUGUUCGCUCUCGUGAUACGGAAGGCUGGAAGGCCAUUCACCACGCUGUGGUAGCGGAAAACGAGGAGAUUCUGCGCCUUCUCGUUCGCAGAGAGAAAGAGCAAGCACCGGCGCUGCUGCAGAAGAAGAUCGAUGACAUUUGCCCCCGGCUUGCUGAAGUGCCGGACUUUUACUGCGAGAUGCGCGUUGACGUCUCGACAUGGAUCCCUGGAGUCUCUCGCUGGCUGCCGUCGGACACAGUGAAGAUUUGGAAGGCGGCGCAGGACAUGCGCUUCGACGUCACUUUGGUGGGGUUCGAGAACGGCAAGUGGGACCGAGGAGACCUGUCCUUCCUGCUCCAAGGCUCCCAGGGCAAGUUCUUGUGCUUGGACAACGAGGCGAAGACCUGCACCGACCUGCUGAAGCUGGACACGGAGCUGUCGGAGGCGGAUCUGGAUCAAAUGGUGCACUUCCUGAUGACCACGUCGAUUGUUACGACGGACUUCGACGCGUCGAAAGUUGCCUUCGAGAAGAAGUUUGCGUGGUUUUCGUCCAGCCCCAUGCGGCAAGACAUUAGCUGCUGGAAAGACACCCGCGUAGUCGACAUGACCGGCGUCGAGGCCUCACUGCGCUAUCGUAAGCCUCACAACCCGAAGCACCCGCCUCCAAAAGCUUCGAGCGACCAGACUACUGCGUGUGAUGCGGUGUCGCUACUGACCGAAGUGGCCGCCGUUGGCGAUCACUACACGGAGGUAGUGGUCGACCCGAAGUCGAACCACGUCGUGUCUGUGGAGUUGAGGAAGGGCGAGGAGUUGACGUGGAAGUUCUCCACGGAGAAGCGCGACAUCAACUUUGGCGUUCGCUUUCUCGAAGAGAAUAAUGGCGAGCAAUGGGACGAAAUCGUUCCCCUGCAGCGCACCCAAGCACAGCUGAAAGAGCAGGCAGGAUCGUUCCGGACCACCUGCUCGGGGACACUUGUCUUCACAUGGGAUAACUCAUACUCGGUCAUCCGACCAAAGCUGCUGCGAUUUACUAUUAAUCCAGGAGGUGAGACGGACGGAGAUUCCACUGGAAAUGAGGACUGGGACGCGCAAACGCGGGUCAAAGAGGAGGAGAUGAUGUUUGAAGACUGGUUUGGUGUGUCGACCGAGAGUCUGCCGGCCUCGCUGCGUGCGAUGCGACCUCGUCGCUGCAUCAUGGUGCACACGCAGCCCUCCUGCCGCAAAAUCACCAAGUCGUUCCCUGCUACGGUGUACAUGUGCGACCAUUUCCCGCUCAGCUAUUCUAGGCUCGCAGAUUUUGACGUGGUGUCCGAGUUCCUCCCGGUUAUUGAGGUGCUCUCCAAAACCACGAGCGCCUUCGAGAGCAUGCAGGAGUUUUUCUCGGCGGCAUUGACGGACGGGUUCCCAGUGCAGUUCUGCUUCCCUUUGGUGCCGUCGGUGUCAGCGACCUUCCGAUUUGAUCGCAUGGAGCUGCAGACACCGGAGAGACACCUGUUCACUGUUCCCGCCACCUACACGAUGCAAGUUGAAGACAUGCUCUCGCCGCGCACGCACCAGGCGAUGCUGCAGCGCGUGACGGCCACCUAG